GCGACUGCACACAGGAGCCGGACCGCUGCUCCCUCUCACCGCCAUCCCUCACUGACCGGGAGCCCUCCAAAACCACACACACACCGCACACACACAGUGGCAUUUGGAAGGUGGCAGCUCAGAGGAAGAUGAACACCAUCGUGUUUAACAAAUUCACCAGCCAAGUCCUCUUCGAGGAGAAGGCGAGCGAGGUGGAGAGGAGCAGCAGGACCUACAUGGAGGUGAUGGAAGAACAACACCAGGAGCUGCUCAUUCCGGACAGUCCUUCCAGCAAAAGCCAACGGAGUCUGAGGCAGAGGAGAUCAGGUUCUCGGCAGGGCGGUGGGAAGGUGAGACACAAGCGACAGGCUCUCCAGGACAUGGCUCGCCCUCUGAAGCAAUGGCUUUACAAACACCGCGACAAUCCCUAUCCAACCAAGACCGAAAAAAUCCUCCUGGCGCUUGGAUCCCAGAUGACCCUGGUGCAAGUAUCUAACUGGUUUGCAAAUGCAAGACGUCGCUUGAAGAAUACUGUUAGACAACCAGAUUUGAGCUGGGCAUUGCGAAUAAAAUUAUAUAACAAGUAUGUGCAGGGCAACGCUGAACGACUGAGUAUUAGCAGUGAUGACUCGUGUUCUGAAGAUGGAGAACACCCUCCGAGGAAUCCUGCAGAUGAGGAGGAAUUCAACAAGCCAGUCCAGGCUGUAAUUAAAAAGGAAAAUCCAAUUUUGAAGGCAGUGGGAAGGGCUGGCACUACCGUCAAUGAAGAUUAUGUGUCUCCACCAAAAUACAAGAGCAGCUUGCUGCAUCGCUAUCUGAAUGACUCCUUAAGGCAUGUCAUGGCAUCAAAUGCAGCCAUGAAAGCCACCGACAGGAAAAGAAACCAUUCAGGAUCCUUCAGCUCCAAUGAAUAUGAAGAAGAGCUAGCAUCACCAUCUUCUUCUGAAACAGAUGGAAACUUUGUGUACCGAACCGAAACAUUGGAACAGGGGCCAAACAGAUUUGUCAGUGCUCCAAAGAAAAAGGAAACUUACAAAGACGAAACCUACUGGAAAGAAAUUAAUGCAGCCAUGGCCUUGACAAAUCUUGCACAAGCAAAGGGCAAACUCCAAGGAACAACCAGCUGUAUCAUUCAGAAGUCUUCGCAUAUUUCAGAAAUUAAGACGUUGAAAAUUUCACCGACUAAUCAAUUCUGA